CACUCACUCUCACAACCUCCAGGCGUCUGUGUUGCGCCUCUGCGCUCUUAAAACUUUUUUUCUUCUAUUAUCAACUAAUCUUCAACCCUCACUUUUUUAUGCAGGGAUGUUCUCUGGAAGGAGGUUACACCCCAGCACAGCAUUUUCAUCUUGGAAAGUUUAAGAAUCAGGCUGAUAACUUCUCAAAGGGUUUGUGAAUGGGGAGAAUUUGGGAAUACAAAGUGACGCACAGUUUAACUCUAUGUUAUACAUACUGUAUAUGAAAAACACUUUUUCUUGUGUCUCGUCAAAGUCCUCAUUGUCCUCCUUUUGUGUUUGUUUUCCAUGGAAAGGAGGUCUUUUAAGGAGUUUUUUUCCCCUGAUCGAGUCACUCAAGAGAAAGUUUGGUGAACUUGUGUAAAAAGCGAACACAAAUCUUCAUUAAGAAUUUUUGCAUCACAAAAUCCGGCUUCUCUUCUUGAACGCCUUAAGGAUCCUAACGUCCAAAACUUGUCUUGACUUCGCGGAUUUUCAAUCAACUUCUGUUGGAAGUAGUUUCAGUGGAUAUCAUGCUUCCAACCGGGCCAGAGAAGCGCGCCGCGCUCUGCCGGGUAUGGGCUCUGGUUUUCGCUUCACUGGUGUGCGUAGCGUUGGUGGAUGGAUGCCCACACAAGUGUAGCUGCUCCGGGUCGCAUGUGGACUGCCAGGGUCUCGGUCUGAAGACUGUGCCCAAAGGAAUACCGAGGAAUGCCGAACGCCUGGAUUUGAACAGAAACAACAUCACCAGAAUCACUAAAGUGGACUUUUCUGGCUUGAAGAACCUCAGGAUUCUUCAUCUGGAGGACAACCAAAUCAGUGUUAUUGAAAGAGGAGCCUUCCAGGACCUAAGACUGCUGGAGAGACUACGUGUAAACAGAAACAAACUCCAGGUUCUUCCAGAGCUUCUCUUCCAGUCCAACCCCAAACUGGGACGAGUAGACCUGAGCGAGAACCAGAUUCAGGCGGUUCCAAGGAAAGCUUUCAGAGGAAUAACCACUGUUAAAAACUUGCAACUGGACAGCAACCACAUCAGCUGCAUCGAAGAUGGAGCUUUCCGAGCGCUGCGCGAUCUGGAGAUUCUCACCCUCAACAACAACAACAUCACACUCAUCCCGCUAUCCAGCUUCAAUCAUAUGCCCAAGCUGCGGACACUCCGUCUGCACUCCAACAACCUUCACUGUGACUGUCACCUUUCCUGGCUCUCUGAUUGGCUCAGAGCCAGGCGGGGCUUGGCUCCCUUCACCCAGUGCAUGGCCCCUGCCCAUAUGAGAGGCCUUAACGUCCCUGAUGUGCAGAAGAAGGAUUUUGUCUGCAAAGGUCCAGCACAGACAGAGCCAAGGACUUGUGCUCCUCAGGCAGCUGUGUGUCCACCCAGCUGCAGCUGUAACAACAACAUAGUGGACUGUCGUCGCAAAGGCCUCACUGAAAUACCGGCAAACCUACCAGAGGGCAUCGUUGAGAUUCGUUUGGAGCAGAACUUGAUAAAAACUGUCCCAGCAGGAGCCUUUUCUCCCUACAAGAAGCUCAAGAGGAUUGACUUGAGUAAGAACCAGAUUUCUGACAUCGCUGCAGAUGCUUUCACUGGUCUCCGCUCGCUCACCUCACUGGUGCUAUACGGAAAUAAGAUUACCGAGCUCCCCAAGGGAUUAUUUGAUGGACUGGUCUCCCUGCAGCUUCUAUUGCUGAAUGCCAACAAAAUUAACUGCUUGAGAGUCAACACCUUCCAAGACCUCCAGAACCUCAACCUGCUGUCGCUAUACGACAAUAAGCUGCAAACUAUCAGUAAAGGACUCUUCACCCCUCUGCGCUCCAUCAAGACUCUACAUCUGGCCCAGAAUCCCUUUAUGUGCGACUGUCACCUGAAGUGGCUGGCAGAUUACUUGUUUGACAACCCUAUUGAGACUAGUGGAGCACGCUGCAGCCACCCCAGAAGGCUGGCUAACAAACGGAUCAGCCAGGUGAAAAGCAAAAAGUUCAGGUGUACAGGUCAGGAGGAUUACCGCAGCCGUCUGAGUGGGGAAUGUUUUCAGGACCUGGUUUGUCCAGAGAAAUGUCGAUGUGAAGGUACCGUGGUCGACUGCUCCAAUCUCAAACUGACCCGAAUACCUUCUCACAUCCCUGAACACACCACUGACCUGCGGUUAAAUGACAAUGAGAUUGCUGUUUUGGAGGCCACGUGGAGUUUUAAGAAGCUGCCCAACUUGAGGAAAAUCAACCUGAGCAACAACAAGCUGAGGGAUAUUCGUGAAGGUGUAUUUGAUGGAGCAGGUGGAGUUUUGGAGCUGCUGCUAACGGGGAACAAGCUAACUGGACUGCAGGGACGCAUGUUCAGAGGCCUCGGUGGUCUGAAAACUCUGAUGCUGAGGAGCAACCAGAUCAGCUGCAUUGAUAACAGCACAUUCACAGGUCUGAGCUCUGUGCGUCUGCUUUCGCUGUAUGACAACAGGAUCUCCAGCAUUGCCCCAGGAGCCUUCUCCACACUGCACUCCCUGUCCACCAUCAACCUUCUAUCCAACCCAUAUGUGUGUGAUUGUCACUUGGCCUGGUUGGGUCAGUGGCUGAAGAAGACCAGGGUGGUGAGUGGAAACCCUCGCUGUCAGAAACCAGCUUUCCUGAAGGAGAUCCCCAUCCAGGAUGUGUCUACCCCAGACUUUACAUGCGAUGGUGCUGAGGACAAUGGUUGUCUCCCUGCAUCUGGUUGCCCAGACGUCUGCACUUGCUCAGAUGGUGUGGUGCGAUGCAGCAACAGAGGGCUAAACUCUCUACCCAAAGGCAUUCCCAAGGACACGACAGAGCUAUACCUGGAGGGUAAUAUGCUGACAUCUGUGCCGAAGGCCCUGGCAACCCUGAAGCAGCUGUCACUUGUGGACCUGAGUAACAACAGCAUCAGCACAUUGUCCCCAUACACCUUCAGCAACAUGACUCAACUCGCCACACUCAUCCUGAGUUAUAACCAGAUUCGCUGCAUCCCAGUUCAUGCCUUUGAUGGGCUGAAGUCACUUCGCCUGCUGACUCUCCAUGGUAAUGACCUGUCAACUAUCCCUGAAGGAGCUUUCAGCCAUCUCACUUCUCUUUCCCACCUGGCUCUUGGUGCCAACCCUUUGUACUGUAACUGUGACCUACGCUGGCUCUCUCAGUGGGUCAAAGCUGGCUUUAAAGAACCAGGCAUUGCUCGUUGUACUGGGCCUCCAGACAUGGCUGACAGACUGCUGCUCACCACGCCUCUCAACAGGUUUCAGUGUAAAGGUCCCGUGGAUAUCAGCCUGAUGUCAAAGUGCGCCCCCUGCUUGGCAGCCCCCUGCCAGAACAACGGCACCUGUGUGCCUGAUGCUGCGGGAUCCUACCACUGCACCUGUCCAUAUGGAUUCAAGGGUCAAAACUGUGAAAUACCCAUUAAUGCCUGUAUUAGCUUCCCUUGCCUAAAUGGAGGAACCUGCCACAUUCAGCCUGGCCAUGAAGACCAAUUUAGCUGUGUGUGUCCACCUGGUUUUGAGGGUCAGCGUUGUGAGAUAAACCCUGAUGACUGUGAAGACAACGAUUGUGAGAACAACUCCACCUGCAUCGACGGUAUCAACAACUACACCUGCAUCUGUCCACCCAACUACACAGGUGAUCUGUGUGAAGAGGUGGUUGACCCCUGUCUCAGUGGUUUUGACCCCUGUCAGCAUGACUCCAAGUGUAUCCAUGUUGGUCGCAGUUACAGGUGCGAGUGUUUACCAGGCUAUGUGGGCCAACACUGUGAGCAGGACUAUAAUGACUGUUUGGAGAAUAAAUGUCAACAUGGUGCAGAGUGUGUGGAUGCUGUCAACGGCUAUACCUGCAUCUGUAAAGAGGGUUUCAGCGGGCUCUUCUGUGAGAACCCACCGCCGAUGAUCUUGCUGCAGACCAGCCCCUGCGACCAGUCUGACUGCCAGAAUGGUGCCCAGUGCCUGGUGGUUGCCGGGGAGCCCAUCUGCCGCUGCAUGCCUGGUUUCUAUGGCAAUAAAUGUGGCAAGAUGUCCACUGUUCACUUCCAGGGUCACAACGGGUACGUGGAGCUGCCAGGCACCAAGCUCCGUUCGACUGCGCAUAUUUCAUUACAGGUGGCUACAGAUAAAGACAAUGGUAUUUUGCUGUACAAGGAGGACCAUGACCCCAUUGCGCUGGAACUUUAUCAAGGACAUAUACGGCUCAUUUAUGAUAUCGCCAACUACCCACCAACCACUGUGUACAGCGUCGAGUCGGUGAAUGACGGACUUUUCCACACAGUUGAGCUGUUGAUUCAGAACCGCUCGCUAAGCCUGGUGGUGGAUAAUGGCGCCCCAAAGAGCCUGGGCAAGCUACCGCGCCAGCCCUCCGUCGACCACAACACUCAGCUUUACAUAGGAGGAGUACCAUCCCAGGUUGAGGCUUCAGGUUUACGUCUGGGCCCUGAGCGCUCCCUUCAGACCUUUAAUGGCUGCAUCCACAAUGUUCGGAUCAAUGAGGAGACUCAAGAUCUGAGUUUUAAAUCUACAGGAGGACAACUGCAAGCAGUCAAAGGAAAGGGUGAUGGCAUUCUUGCAGGAUGUCAUUCUUGCAGGGUGUGUGCACAGGGUGCCUGCAGAGAGGGAGGGGACGCGGGGGUAACUUGUGAUUGUCCUCCAGGACGCAGCGGUGCCCUCUGUGAUGAGUUGACAGCUUCUAAUCCCUGUCAGAACAGCAGAUGUGUUCAUGGUGUAUGUGUGGCAAAGGGUCAGACUUACAGUUGCCAGUGUAAUGAAGGCUACCAGGGUCAGUACUGUGACCGACGGCAGGAGCCUCCAGCCUGCAGGGGGCAGCGCUGUGGACGAGGGGAGUGUCGGGUGUCAGAGGGAGGAGAGCCGGUCUGCCACUGUCAGCCAGGCUACACUGGACCAACCUGUGACACAGAGCUCACAUGUCAAGGAGAAAUGGUGAGGGAGCAGCUGAAGCGUCACCAAGCCAUGAGAACGUGCACAUCCACCAACAAGGUCCCCCGAAUGGAUUGCUCCAGAUCCUGCCAGACUUCAGCGCCCCCUGAUGUUUGCUGCGGCGUCACCAAGACCAGACGGAGGAAGGUGGUUUUCCGCUGCACUGACGGCAGCUCGUACUCGGAGGAGAUGGAAACGCCUCUGGAAUGUGGCUGCUCCAAAUGCCCGUUGUAACAGCACAGCAGCUUUGUUUGUUCAGCGACACACACAGCUGCCGUCAACGAGGCUGUCGCUCCACACUGAUGAGCACCAGCACUGCGUGAAUAAGUUCCACAUCCUGUUUGACCGCUGCCAAUUAAUUGCCAAGAGAAGCCACAAACAAAACAAAAAUGGGACAUGUGUGUGUGAUUUUUGACAGAGAGAAAAUAUAUUGUAAGAUAUAAGUGAGAAACAUAGAACUUAUUUUUAUUAUGGAUGUUUUUCUAAGAUGAUAAAAGGACUGAUGAGUUGUUUUUAAUAUGUUGAUUAUAUGUGUUAUAUAGCAUAAAAGUUAUUUUCUACCUUGUAAGAAGAAAAAAGUACACAGCAAAAUAGAUUAACAUUCCUUAAAAGUAUAUGAAUUUAUAUGUUUGUGUAAAUUUAUAAAAUAUUUACCCUAACCAAAUGGAUUUUAUAUCUCUUUAAGUGUAUUUGCAUGAUGUUAAUGUGAGUGGUGACAUGUGAGAGGUUGUGGACGCUGAGGGGGGAGAUCUGAGAAAAAGGAGCCCCAUUGAUUCCACAAGGGAAAAAGGUGGCAGUCUUUUGUUGUCCUCUCUCCGAGGCUAAAAAGGGAACUGUGUGUGCCUUGCUAACCUGCUUCACUAUAUAAUGGACAUCAUCCUCACAUCUACGUUUCCACUAAAGACUCUUCACAGAGAUGAUUUAACAGUUUGUUCUACUUUUGUGCAUCUUGUUGUUCGCUUUUGUGCACCAGAUCUGGAGCGACAUGAAGUUUGAAAUGAAAAUCUGAACUUGAGUUUAUUAUAAAUUAGGAAUGUCCAUUUAAAUCAGGAAAAUCAUGCUGUAAAUUCAGCUUUAUGUUGGUCCUGAAUCAGCAAGGUGGGAUGUUAGACACAGCAAACAGCGUUUUGAAUGGUUUCAUUUUUCAGUUCAUUGUUGCUCCUCAUCAUGAGUUUUUCCAAAAGCUGGUUAAAUAUGCUCAUUACACCAAAGUCAACUGUUUUUGCCUUAAUAGAGAAGUAAUAUAAGACUGAAAUCAACAAAACUUCAAGUUUUUGUGUCCAUAUUUUGAAAUUUUGAAAGUGUUGCUCCAAGAUUUUCAACAGCUGCUGAUGAGCUACGAGUAGAUAUACGUGUUGUGUUGGCCAGCGACAGCCGUCUCAUGAUGACACACAAUGACAUUUUUGGUUGGUCCUUUUUAGUUUCCAAAAGAAAUUAUCCUGAAUAUAGCUUUUCCACAUCUUAAUCAGGUUGUGUUUGAAGUUUCUGUUAAUUAUAAGAGAACAAGAGAAGCCUUAAUGAUCCCAGUGAUUUUAAUGGGAAUUAUUUGUUGUCCAAAAAAUACAUCAGAGCUUCACGCUGAAUGUGAAACUGCUUUGUCAGCUAGAAACAUGUCCUUUGCUCCCCUCUGUCAGUGUUACUGAAUGUGUCAUAAGUUAUUGAUGAAGUAAUGUGCUAUAAAUUUCUAAAAGGCAUUUAAUGGACUCUGUGUGGAGGUUAAAAAGUGCCUUGUAGUUGUUUACCAAAAGACAAAAUGCUCCAGUCUGAUCACAGCGAACCUCCUCAGCAACUCCUCAAAUGACAAAAUCUGAUUUCAACCAAGAAGCCAUGGCACAGCUGAAACAGCUUCUUCUCUGGGUUAUACACUAACUGUUAACUAACACAAUUAAAGUAUAGAAAAAUUUAUGAUACUACUGUAUUGUUUACCUAAUACAUUAUUUCUUUGUUUACAACUGAUGCAAAGUGCUGCCACAGGUUUGCAGCUAAAGCUUCGUAAAGCUUGCCACAUGUCUGUGUUAUUCUUGUCUUCCACCAUGACUUUUCACACCUCAUUCCCCUGGUAUCUCUUUCCUUCCCUCCAAACAUAUGUUUUCAGCAUUUUCCAUUAGUUCUUUGCUCCCUUUAUAUCUUAACCUGUAGCCCCUUCCCUUUGCCCCUUUCAUGUCCUCUUAUUCUGGUCUUAAAGAUUUUGUUUUCCAUUUUGAACGGCAUAAAACACCUCAAAUCCUAGUUGUGGACAAUAGAAUUAACUGUAAUGUCACUUCCAUUGUAUAGGUCCUGGAUUUAAAACAUAAUUAUGUGACUGAUGUUCAUUGAAGCUUAUGUUGAAUGUUAAAAUUAAACUACCACCAAAACUACA